AGUGCCCACCUAUUUACCUGAGUCUAAUUGUCUUUUACUACAUCCAAAGACCGGAAUUUCCACCUUUUUUUUCUUCAUCUUUUUACAAGUGGGCAUUUGUGAGGUCCUGAGGCCCAACCAAAGAGCCUCUCUCUCUCUCCUGUUACUCAACAUUCCACAAGAACCACACAAAUUCAUAACUCUUACGCUAACUCAAGAAGCAUCCAAACUCAAUCCUCUCACCUCCACCUCACAUUCCCCGGCGCCACCAACACUACUAACCCUUUCUCUAGUCUCCUGAAAUCAAAAUCUAUUAUGCAACAACAUUUUCAUCAUCAUCAACAUCACCAUCAUCUUCUUCAUCAUCCAUGGCCCAUAUCCCAUCUCUGUAGAUUCUCAUCCCUCUACCUUCUUCUCAUUUUCUCCUCUUGAUCCCCAUACAUCUAAUUCCCUCUUCUUCUUCUUCUUCUUCUUCUUCUUCUUCUUCUCAGAUAUGACUCUUCCUUAUCGUUUCUCUUCGGUAAGAAACCACUCGCUUCUACUAAGGACUUCUCAUCUCUGCACACCCAGAUCAGCUCUCGGUUGUUUCUCUCCCAAGGAAUCUCCUUUCUUCAAGAAGACCAGUACCAUUUUCCUUUCUCCUCACAAACACACUUCUCUUCCCCUGAAACUCGUCUGCCCUUUAGCCAGCUUCUCCUCUUACGCGGAUUCUGAAGGAGACGAGAAGCACCAUGGCGAUCAACAGAUACAGAAUUCUAACGAAUCAUCUACCAAUUCGACCGAAUCAGAUGGAAAAGGGAAUGCAGAGGCUACCGGCGACUUCUCUGGAAUGGCUCAAGCCUUUAACAUUUCUUCCAACACAGCGAGGGCAAUCUCAAUAGCCAUCGCCUUCUCUGCUCUGUCCUUUCCACUCUUCAUGAAGUCCCUGGGACAAGGGCUGGCUCUCAAGACCAAGCUCCUCUCUUACGCGACACUACUCUUCGGUUUCUACAUGGCGUGGAACAUCGGAGCUAAUGAUGUGGCCAAUGCCAUGGGGACUUCUGUUGGAUCCGGAGCCCUUACCAUCCGGCAAGCUGUGAUGACGGCUGCAGUUCUUGAAUUCUCAGGGGCUCUUUUGAUGGGAACUCACGUGACGAGCACGAUGCAGAAAGGGAUUCUCAUGGCUAAUGUGUUCCAAGGGAAAGAUAUGUUGCUCUUUGCUGGUCUCCUCUCUUCCUUGGCUGCAGCUGGAACUUGGUUACAGGUGGCUUCUUACUAUGGAUGGCCAGUAUCAACAACUCACUGUAUCGUAGGAUCAAUGGUUGGGUUUGGGCUUGUCUACGGAGGAGCUGGUGCCGUAUUUUGGAGUUCUCUAGCUAAAGUAGCUUCCUCUUGGGUUAUCUCUCCUGUAAUGGGAGCACUUGUCUCCUUCCUUGUCUACAAAUGCAUCAGGAGAUUUGUUUACAGUGCACCAAACCCAGGACAAGCGGCUGCUGCAGCGGCUCCCGUCGCUGUGUUCGUCGGUAUCGCCAGCAUUUCAUCAGCCGCAUUUCCUCUUAGCAAGACGUUUCCAAUAGCUAUAUCACAAGCCUUAGCCUGUGGAGCAGCAGGAGCCAUUGUCUUCGACAGAAUCAUCCGGAAUAAGCUCGGUCACCUCCUCGCCAAAACGAAAUCACCGGAAACAUCUCAAAACCAGCCCAAAAGCAUCGGUUUCCUCUCCGAUAUCGCAGGUCCUACAGGUACUCAGCUCGAGAUAGUCUACGGAAUCUUUGGCUACAUGCAAGUCCUCUCCGCUUGCUUUAUGUCCUUCGCUCACGGAGGCAACGACGUAUCGAACGCGAUCGGACCUUUAGCCGCCGCAUUGAGUAUCCUCCAGAAAGGAGCAGCUGCAGGAGGCGGCGAAAUCGUGAUUCCCAUGGAUGUUCUCGCCUGGGGAGGAUUUGGGAUCGUUGCGGGUCUCACGAUGUGGGGAUACAGAGUGAUCGCUACGAUUGGGAAGAAGAUCACUGAGCUUACACCGACUCGAGGGUUCGCGGCGGAAUUCGCCGCCGCGUCGGUGGUUCUGUUUGCUUCCAAGUUAGGGCUUCCGAUUUCGGCGACUCAUACGCUCGUUGGAGCUGUGAUGGGUGUUGGAUUCGCGAGAGGGCUUAAUAGCGUGAGAGCAGAGACUGUGAAAGAGAUCGUUGCUUCGUGGCUAGUCACGAUUCCCGUCGGUGCUACACUCGCCGUAAUCUACACUUGGGUUUUCACCAAGAUCUUAUCUUUUGUGUUGUGAGUUUCUUGUCAGUUUUUUUUUUCUUCUUUUUGGGAUCUCUGGUUUUCAACGAAGAACAUUGAUCUUCUUCUAUUUGGCUUGAUUGAUUCGGAUUCAAAAACUAAAAUUAUAUGUGGAGAUUGUUCCUAAUGAUUCUGAUCUUUCGAUUCAAAAAAAUC